UUUUGCUUUAACCAAUAAAUCAUUUGUAUUAGUAGCCAAAGCAUUUCAAAAAAUUUAUGAUAACACAAAUUGCCCUCUUAUUUGGCCAAAUGUUUUAAUUAUUGAUAAAGGUACAGAAUUUUUAGCUAUUGCUAAACAUGACUAUCAAAAAUUUGAAAAACAUGCUUAUUUUCAGCAAGAUGCAGAAGAUUUUCAUUUACCUUUAACUAAUAAAUCUAGAUCAUAG